GGUCAUUAGACAUUCGCGACUACGCCGGAUUGAGAUUUCAAGAUGUUUGUCGGAAUCUGUGGCAGCAUCUGCUCGGGCAAGCAGACCGUGGCCCAGUAUCUAGUUGAGCAUCACGGGUUCAGCCAAAUUCAUCUCCUUGAUUCAGAAGAGGCCCCUUCAUCCACCGAGGGCGUUGUUGCGACCGCGACCUCAAACGGCGCCAGAUCUAGGAGCCAAAAACAAGAUUUCUUCACCACAGCCGAGGAGCUUUUGGACUAUGUCACUCGGCGAUGGCGCAGCCGCUUUGUGACAACCGACAUCCCCACGGAGCAGGUGCUCGAUGUCUUCAUGCGGCGACCAUUCUUUCUGCUCAUCUCAAUCGAUGCUCCGCUCACCCUGCGUUACCGUCGGUUCCAGCAACGCUCCGACCUGCCGGAGCAGGCCAUUAGCCUCGAGGAGUUUGUCUCGCGAAAUGACAAGCAUCUAUACGAUGCGGCUUCUGGUCUGCAGCCGCUCAUUUCGCGGGCCACCGUCAGGUUGCUCAACACCUCGUCAUCACUGGCCCAUCUCUAUGCCACUCUCGGAAAGCUCGACAUCCCCAACCCCGACCGCAUGCGGCCGGGCUGGGACACGUACUUUAUGGCACUGGCAUCUCUGGCGGCACAUAGGUCCAACUGCAUGAAACGCCGUGUCGGCUGCGUCCUCGUAGGGCGAGAACGACGAGUCAUCAGCACAGGAUACAACGGUACGCCCCGCGGCCUUCGAAACUGCGCCGACGGUGGCUGCCCUCGAUGUAACGAGGCAAACGGCUCUGGAGUCGGGCUGUCCACCUGUCUCUGCAUACACGCAGAAGAGAAUGCGCUUCUGGAGGCCGGCAGGGAGCGCAUCCGCGAGGGCUCCGUGCUGUACUGCGAUACGUGCCCGUGCUUGACGUGCAGCAUCAAGAUUUGCCAGGUUGGCAUCACCGAGGUGGUGUAUGCCCACGGUUACAGUAUGGAUACUGAGACAGCAGAGAUUUUCAGACAAGCUGGCGUCAAGCUACGACAGUUUAUUCCGCCUCCGAAUGGCUUGAUACAUUUAGAGAAGAUGGAGUUGUAUUCAUAGAUGACCAAGCGCAGGUUUCUUAGACUGCCUUGUGAUUUUCGAAUAAGACAGCAUACAUACAUGUAUAUUAGAUGCCUUUGUAUGGCAGCUUUGAUGUGCGUCAUAGAGCACGGGGCAAUGAGCAUUUGGCACUGACUACACGCUUUCAAACCAGCAAGUUGCUGUAACAUAUCAAUACCAAUGAUAACAAUAGUGCUUAAUUAUCUAGUCAUCGUAGUAGAGACUGUUGCUGCGG